AUGAAAUCGGCUGUGGUACUUUUGGCGUUUGUGGCUGCCGCUAGCGCCCAGUUCAACAGUGGUCAAUUCAACCCGUUCAACCGUAACCUAAAUCGCUAUAAGCCCUUCUCUACCCCUGCUCCUUUCCGUUACCGCCCAUCAUCCCCUAGUGUAACCAUUGCACCUUCUGGGUUCCCUAGCAGUACUCCUGCUCCUUUCUACGCUAGUUCCGCUGCUCCCUACUACGCCAGUACCCGUGCUCCGGUUCUAUCCAACGACUACAAUGCUGAGACCCUGAAGUUCGGUAAUGAAAAUGAACCUGAUGGUAGCUUCAACUAUUUCUUCGAGACUAGUAACGGUAUUGCUGCCCAGGAACAGGGCGUACCGCGUAACUUUGGUGGUAACCCCCCUGUAGUUCCAGUAGUCGCCCAGGGUUCUUUCUCUUGGACUUCUCCCGAAGGCGUGCCCAUCUCCAUCGCCUAUGUCGCUGAUGAGAAUGGAUAUCAACCUACUGGAGAUGCUAUCCCCACUUCCCCUCCAGUGCCAGCUCAAAUCGCUCGUGCCCUCGACUACAUCGCCAGAAAGUACGGCCAAAAGUAA